AUGAUUAAAAUUCGCAAACCGACUGUAGUGGAAGGGGAGACCAUUGAAUUCACAUGUGUGAUAUCAGCUGUGCACGGAGAACAACCAGACAACAAGGAGAGGAAUUGGUUCCAUUUAUAUAAAAACAGAGAGAAGAUCAGCUCACUGCCGGAGCCUGGAGGAAUGGGAGCUGUCACAUUUACAAAACAAGACAUCACAAAGAAUGAUGCUGGAAACUAUACCUGCAUGUAUGGGAAUGAGAAUCCAGGAGAUGUGAAAAACAUCAGCCAUGGCUCUUCAAUUUAUCUCAGUGUAAGAGAGUUAAGCUAUCAGCUCACACUUCAGCUAGACAAACACAACCCAAUGGAAGGAAUGGAUGUAUCAUUUAAAUGUAUGAUACCAGCUGAGCUCAGAGAAGCAGCAGGAAAAGAAAGAUAUUUCCAUCUAUAUAAAGAUGGAAGCCGUGUCGAUUCACAAGCCGAUCCCAAAGAGGUACCAGGUGUCACGUUUUCCAUUGAAAAUGUUAAGAGGAGUGAUACUGGAAACUACACCUGUUUGUAUGGAAAAGAGAAGCUGGUGAACUCAGCAAACAGCAAACGCAGUCGCCCAGUCUACCUUCGUGUGACAGAGUUAAGCUAUCAGCUCACACUUCAGCUAGACAGACAGAGCCCAAUGGAAGGAAUGGAUGUAUCAUUUAAAUGUAUGAUACCAGCUGAACUCAGAGAUGCAGCAGGAAAAGAGGGUUUUUUCCAUCUAUAUAAAAAUGGCAGCCGUGUUGAUUUACAACCCCGACCCAAAGGUGUACCAGGUGUCACGUUUUCCAUUAAAAAUGUUAAGUGGAGUGAUACUGGAAACUACACCUGUGUGUAUGGAAAAGAGAAGCUUGUGAACUCAGCAAACAGCAAACGCAGUCGCCCAGUCUACCUUCAUGUGACAGAAUAUAUGACAACUCCAUCCCAACAGAAACUGACAGGAGAAAUGACAACUCCAAACACAUCUACCAAGACCCAACACAGAGAUGGGACAGGUUCUGUUCCAGCUCUGUACCUGGGUGCAGGGGUAGGAUCUGGGCUCCUUGUGCUGCUGUUACUGCUGAUAGGAGGGGUGCUGAAGUGUCUGCAAUCCAAACGAG